CUGAUGACCUGAUGACUUUUGGACUGAGAUGCGUUCUUCCCUUUCAUCUUCUUAGGCAUGUCAUACACUGAGUUUGGGUAUUCAUAUUCACCAGCUCCCCAGAUCCUGUUAUCCUCUAAUACUCUGGGUUCCUGCUACGAGUCUGGGAGCGAUUCUCCAUUCGAUGCAGCGCAUAAUUCCCUGUACUGCCCAGUGUAUGAGGGCACGUUAGUGGCAUCGGCCAGACACAACCUCAACUCUCCAUAUGAGAAUCGAUAUGCAAAAGAUCACGGGACAUACUGCUCCUACAGAACGGAUUCAACAUGCGUGUAUUCCCUGGGUAAGAUCAGAGAGAAAGAAGAAUCAGGAAUGGCAAAGCCGAGGCUCACACAAGGGUCGACUUAUUACUCUUACAACCACCCAUUUGGAUACCAAUAUGACUCUUAUGGAUACGGAUCUGUGGAUGUUAACACGAGAAGGAAGAAUGCAACCAGAGAGACCACGAGCACGCUAAAAGCAUGGCUUCAGGAGCACAAAAAGAACCCAUACCCUACUAAAGGAGAAAAGAUCAUGCUGGCUAUAAUCACCAAAAUGACCUUGACACAGGUGUCUACGUGGUUCGCCAACGCACGCCGUAGACUCAAGAAAGAGAACAAGAUGACCUGGUCACCACGCAACAAGACCUCAGAGGAGAGAGGCUGUGAAGAGGAACCCGAGAAUAUCGAAGAAGAGACAACUAAAUCUGAGAAGGAAUUUGAUGACACCCCAAGGGGGGAUGAAACGGAUCCAGCACAAAGCGAUUUGGAAGACUUCGACCUCUCUGAGUCAGAUGUCUCUGAAGGUGAACCGAAACCGUUGUUACCCUUGAGCGCUCAUGCAAUAUCACAAGACUGUCCAGAUUAUCGACUCAGAGACCCUCAGCUACGUGCAUCUACUCCAGAUACAAGAUACAACGAUUUUGAUAAAACCAGUCUAGAAUCAGUGACUGAAGAUAACCAUUACAAUGAGCAGCAAGAGGCCAAGCCAAAAAUCUGGUCUCUUGCACAGACAGCCACAUCGUUAAAUCAGGCAGAUUACACAUCGUGCAUGCACAGGGGUCGAGGCAUGUGGUCACCCUCUACAGACUGCCAUUUAGACAUAGAGGACUCUCCAUUCGCCAGCCUCAGAAACUGGGUAGAUGGCAUGUUUCAUGAUCCACUGCUCCGGCAAAGCGACUUAAAUCAGACUUUUCCCAACUCUUCAAGUUUGUGGAUGCUGGAGAACAGAUUCCAUGAACUGACAGAUUCUGUUCCCUCACCCCGGCUCACAUGAUCAACUGGAAAUUGAACUGGCAUAUUUAUACUAUUAAAUUGCCAUGGUCUGUUAUUUAUUUAAAGGUAUGCCUUUAAACAUCUUUGCAGCACUAAAGCACCAUGCAAAUGCUAAUGCUAAGAAAAAACACAAAUGCACGAUUAGGAAAUAAAGAUUUUCACCUUUUAAGUAAUGCUCACAGACAUCAAGAAUCUUUGUGUUGUUGGCUGUCCAUGGUGCUGAAAAAAAUCCCUUUUACUCUCUC